AGAGACCGCUAGAUCAGCCACCUGAGCUGUUACAAAGACAAGACAGCAAGGAAAGGGUAAGAACCGGUGUAGACUGUCGACAUGAAAACAGAGAGAGACUGCUGGAUCAGCCACCUGAGCUCUUACCACGACAGGAUAGCAAAGAGAGAGCUGGUGUGGACUCAAAGCAUGAAAGCAGAGAGAGGCCACCUGAGCUUCUUCCUCGACCAGAGAGCAAAGACAGAGGUCGAACUGGAGCAGAAUUUAGGCAUGACAGCAAAGACCACCGUCCUGAUUUGUUACCCCAACAGGAUGUCAAAGAGAGAGCAAGAAAUGACAUGGAACAUAGACAUGAAGGUAGAAUCGACCAGCCACCUGAAAUCCUUCCCCGACAAGAAACAUCGAGAAGCAACAACUGCAAGGACAGGGUUGGCUACGGCUCUGAAUCAAAGCAUGAGGGGAGAGAUCGGAGCUGCCACAACGGCGGAGAUCUCCCUCCUCCUAUUCCUCUGCCCAGACAGGACAGUAAAGAUCUAAGGAGAACUGGACUCGAAGUGAGACGGGACAGCAAAGACAGAAGUCCGAAUGGCUCAGAGCAGCAUUAUGAUGCAAAAACCAGCAAGAGCCCCUCUGCCAUGGAGUAUCGGUGUGACAGUAAAGAACGAGGACACAGAUCAGACGGCACGCCCAGACGAGAUAACAGAGCAAAUUACAGCACGGACCAAUCAAAAGCACAAGAGAGGAAUGGCAGCACAGUAUCAGGGCAGCAUUCAUCCACCACAACGCCCACUCACCACGGGAGAUCAUCAGGUAGCCCGCCAAUGACCAUGGGAACCGGAAAUGAUCUGAAAGUAGCACCUAAGUAUGGUCGCUCGCCUUCUAUGCCUGCCAGCCCCUCUCCUUUGGGAACACCACAAAGGAAAGCAGCCGAGACACAUCAAAGUCAGAUGCCCCAGAUGCCAUGGAUCUGUGGAGACACCACCAUGCUCGACCAGAUCGAGAGGAAACGCACCCUGUGCAUGGAGAUCCGCUCCAGACAACAUCCACACCUGCAGAGAUCUCUGGAGAGGCCUCCUCCUCCGGACAAGAACGAGGACAGGCACCAGGAGCGAAGUCAGUGCAAGCAAGAAAGUGCAUCUGUCAUCCCAGGCUGGGGGAAAAGCAGCGGGGCCAAAAAGAUCCGUCCUCCCCCUUAUCCUACGCAGAAAACCGUAUUCUGGGACACGGCCAUCUGAGAGUAACCACACACUUGCACCUCCCUGUCACAGAACCCCCAGUUACCCACUCCCUCUUUCCCAUGAGCUGUGCUGAUUCUUCCCAGCGACACCAGUGGCAUCAGGACAGCCAAUAAGAG